CAAAUAAAUAAAUAAUAAAAAAAAAAAGGGGCCCAAAACCAAUUCUCACUGUUAAGGCGUUAAGUUAACCCAUUUACCAAGUAGAAGUUGAGAAGUUGCCACACAACAAAGUACUCCGUAUAGCAAAGCCCACCCUCAUAAUCUCCCCUCUUCCUUCAUCCUAAUUCACGCGUCAAAAAGCAAUGGCGGGCAGUACAACAGUGAGCAAGACGAAAGCAACGCAGAAGCAAACUGGAACAAUGAAGUGGCUCGAUACACAGAGCAUCGGUUACAUACUCUCUGACAACCACCUUAUUCCCGAAGUAUAUGUCACCCCUUUUUCUCUCUCCUCGAAUUCUGUCAAAGAAGGAGAUCGCGUAAAAUUCAACAUCAAAAUCAACGUUUCCGACCUCCAACAUUCUCCGGAAGCCAUUGAUAUCUCCCCAUUUGGGAAGAAGUGUAGUAGCUGCAAAAGAUUCGGCCAUUCUUCCUUGAAAUGCCCAGUAAGUAUGAAUUCUAGGGUUAAGUGUUUUCGUUGCGGGUUAAUUGGGCAUUAUGCUAAGAAUUGUGACCAGAAAUUUCAAGGUUGGUCCCUUAAUCAGACCCACACAAGAAGUAGAUCAUACAGUAGGCGUUUCAAUGGGUGGUCCUCUCUUUUCGAUGGCGGUGAUGAGUCCCGCAUUGUCGGGGUGGGGAUGGGGCCGGGUUUGAAUUCAAUGGUCUGUGUGAAGAAGAGGGGAGAUGUGAAGAGGGUUGAGGAGGUUGAAGAUUGUUUUAUUUUGGAAUUUGAUGAUGAUGAAGAUGAUGAUGAUGUGAAGUGUAUAAUUUGUGUGAAGAAGGUUCAAGAUGUGAAAAAGGUUGAGGAAGUUGAGGAUUGCUUUAUAUUGGAAUUUGAUCCUACUGAAUUAGAUAACUUUUCUAAUUUGUCUGUUUGUGAGAAAUCUGAAGGUGUUGUUGCUGAUGAUGAAGUUUUAAUUUUGGAUGAAAAAGGAAAGGUGGCUUGUAGGGAUUAUCCACACCCAAGACACCUCUGUGCCACCCAUCCUUUUAAGAAGACUCCACACAACCUUCAUUGCAAAAUGUGCUAUUGCAAUAUUUGUGAUAUACCUGCGCCUUGCAAGAAAUGGAAUGAAAGCUCUAAAUGUUCUGGCUUGAGUCAUUGUGAUGCUACUGAAUCUGAAUCUGUAUUAGAGGAUUUGGACAAAAGGCAUAUUCAGGAGGUCUUGGGUAGGUGAAAUGAGGAAGAUUAAUCCUGGAAGGUAGUGGUAUAAUGAAAAUUUUAAAUCAGAAUAUGUUCAUGUUGGAUGAUCAGAUUUAUUUGCUUAGUUCUAGUAAGUUCAGGGAAUGAUUAGUCAAUUACUAGAUAUGUACUUUUUGCGGUGUUUGGGCGUUUAAGGGAAGUUCGGAAGUUUUGUAUACUGGAAAGGAUACGAUGUUUGUGGACUCAGCGGUUUAGUUUGUUUGGCUAUCUAUGUUGAGUUUUCAAAUGCAUCAAAUA